AUGGCCACUACACACCUCGAACGCCUUGGUGCGCUCGACACAAACACUGUCUCGGAUGCCCUCGAUUUCCUCAAGAUCCAAGGCGCGACGUACGGCCUGCGCCCGCUAUGGGACUGUCCCAAGAUUGUCGGCCGGGCCAGCACGAUCCAGCUGGGACCCUGGCGACCCGGCAGCUCGCCGACGACCCAUCUCAUCACGCCCGUCAUCGACGCAGUGACCACCGAUGACCGCGUGCUGGUCAUCGCCGGCGGGGCCGAGGGCAUCUCGGCGUGGGGCGACAUCAUCGCCAACGCGGCACGGGCUCGCAAGAUCCGCGGCUCGGUGAUUGAUGGCAUGAGCCGUGAUAUCGAUGGCAGCCGCGACAUUGGCUAUCCCGUGUACGGCCGCGGCGUCACCAUGGUCAGCGGCCGCAACCGGCACGUGCAACUGGACUCGGGAAGCGCCGUCGAGAUGCGCGGCGUCACGGUCCACGAGGACGACUAUGUCAUCGCAGACAGCUGCGGCACCGUCUUCCUGCCAGCCGGCCGCAUCGAAGAGGUGCUGGACCUGGCGGAAAGAAUCGACCGCCGACAGCAGGGCAUGGUGGACGAGGUUCGCUCCGGGCGGCCAGUGGCCGAGGUCAUGCACGAUAAGCAGUUCGAGGCCAUCCGGGCCGACCAGCCCAGCGUCGCCGGUCCGGGCCCCAAAGCCAGUCUCCGGCAGGCAGCUCCCGAGGACGCAGAGCUCACGUGCCACUUCCUCGACCUUGACACCGCCGCAGUUUCUGAUGCCAUGGACAAACUGGGCAUUCCCGGCCAGGCAGCCAACAUCAUGCCCCUGACGAACUACACAAGGAGACACGUCGGCACCGCAUUUACCGUCCGCUACGUGCCUGCGAGCGAUCCGGCAGGCAGUGUGGGCGACUUCAUCGACGACGUGACCCCAGGGGACUUUGUCGUCAUCGAUAACCGCGGCCGGACCGACUGCACCGUCUGGGGCGACAUCAUGACCCAGUACGCCAGCCUGCGCGGAAUCGCGGGCACCGUCAUUGACGGCGUCUGUCGCGACGUCAGCUUCGCCCUGUCCAAGGACUAUCCCCUCUUCACGGCUGGCCGCUGGAUGCGCACUGGAAAGGAUCGCGUUCAGGUCGGUGCCGUGAACGAGUCCAUUGGCAUUGGUGGUGUCCGCGUCGAGCCGCGCGACAUUGUUGUAGCCGAUGCGAAUGGCGUCGUCUUUGUGCCGCGCCGCCGGGCGAAGGAGGUGGCCGCCGUCGCCAGGACUAUCGAUGAGGCAGAAGCCAAGAUCAGGGAGAUGAUCCAAGCGGGCGUGACACUGCGGGCUGCACGAGAGAAGCUUGCAUACCAUACCUUGCAGCGAAAAGUUUGA